ACUUACCAUUGUUUACUUCCGGAAAGCCGCCAAGAUAAAGAAUUUCAAAGAGAAACGCCUUGAAUCAUACAGUAUUUUGAGAAAAUGACAGGUCGGGUUAUAAUAGUGACUGGAGCCAAUUGUGGGAUUGGAUUUGAAGCCGCAAAAAAGCUGUGUGAGGCAGGAAAUGAUGUCAUUCUGGCCUGUAGGAGUGAAGAAAAUGGCAAAGCUGCUGUCGAAAAAAUUCUGCAAGAGAACCCUAAUGCUCUAGCAACAUUUCUUCAGUUAGAUUUGGCAGAUCUUGCCUCCAUUAGAAAGUUUGUGGAAGACUUUCAUGCACUGGGCAAAAAACUGAAUGUCCUUGUCAACAAUGCUGGAAUAUUUUUGAAAAUGAGCGACAGAGUUAGGAAAUUUACCAAGGAUAACUUUGAGCUGACCAUGGGAACUAACUACUUAGGUCCAUUUCUUCUGACACACCUCCUGUUGGAUGAUUUGAAGAAAACAGCAAGUGAAAAUGGAGACAGUCGUAUUGUGAUGGUAGCAUCAACAUUACAUGAUAUAAAUGACAGAGGCAAUAGGGGUGGUGUAAAACCUUUUGACCUUGAAAAUUUCUUCCUGGAAAAGGAUGGAACGUACAAUGGACAUCAGGCCUAUAAAAACUCUAAACUUGCCAUGGUGAUGAGUACACACUCCCUGGCCCGUAAGCUGGAGGGGACAGGGGUCAGUGUUAACUGCAUGUGUCCAGGUUUCAUUCCAUCUACCCAGCUGUCCAGACAUGCUUCUUCAGCUUCCAGAUUUAUGUUGAAGUAUAUAAUGGGGCCAGUCUUCAAGGUCGCAAAGAUUUCAAGGACAGUUGACCAUGGCAGCAAAAUGAUUGUGGAGCUCAGUGUCAAUGAGAAAUAUAAAGAUGUUUCAGGGAAAUAUUUCAAAGACUUUGAAGCCGCGGAAUCUUCAGAAGAGUCACGGAAUGAGGAAGUCCAGGGACAGCUGUAUGAGUUAUCUGCCCGCUACUGCCACCUGGAGGGUUAUGAACCAUUGGAUGCCCCCGCCCCACCUCCACCAGAGGAGAAACCUGUCAAGUCCAAAAAGGUCAAAACACCCAAGAAAGAGAAAAAAGAAGAGGAGAAAGUUGUAGAAGAUAAAACAGUAAAGGAAGAAGGAGAGAAGAAAGAGGAACCAGAGGUGGCAGAUGGCAUCAAGUAUGCAGAUGAAGAUGACAAAUCAGAGGAAAAGACAGGGGAACCAGUCAAACCGAAGGAGAGUGAAGAACCAGGCAAAGAAAAAAAGACCGAGGAACCAGUCCAGGUGACCAUCACAGUGGAGGAUGUCUCGUCUGACAAACCGAGCACAGACGGAGAGGAGGUAAAGAAAACGGAGGACGAAGGGGAGGAAAAGAAGGAAGUUAAGGAGGAGACAGCUGGGAAAGGGGACGGAGUCGGUAAAACUGUGGAAUCAGGGGAGAUAACUGCAGAAAUCACCGCUCAGGGAUAGGAAACUGAAGAGAGUUUAACCAUUUUUACGCAGUUUAUGAUGCAUUUAGCCAUCUCUACGCAAUUUAUGUGUUAAGCCAUCUUCAAGCAAUUUAUGAUGCAUUUAGCCAUCUUUACACAAUUUAUGAUGUGUUGUGAGAACUUUCUGAUGGGUAAAAUAUAUGCUUUGCUUUAUUAAUUCCAAGGGCAUUUAAUUUUUUUGUUUAAAUUUAACAUUUGAAGGGUAGGCAAAAUAUUUCUCUGCAUUUUAUUUAAAGUAAAUAUGUAUGAAUAUACCUUAUAUUUAUUUUCCACAGAGUUGUACAUUUGUAAUCAAUAUUUAUUUAUACAUUUUCAGUAUAUUUACUGUAAUUUGUAAGCUAUAUUGACCUUGUUACAGCUCAAGAUUUAUGUCCUCUUCCAAAUACUGGGUAUACAUUUUGAAAAUAUUUUUUUAUACACUAAGAAAAUGGGCCUUGUUAUCAUUUAAUGAAAUUUAAAUGUAAAUGUAUGCUAUGAUAACAUUUGAUUAAUUACUUAUUCAUCCAGACGUAACAAUAGUGCCUUCCUGAAACCUGUUAUUUUUUUAUUUAAAAAUUUUGAAUUUUUAUGAGAAAAAAAUAACCAAAGCAAAUUUGAAUGUCCUCAAGAGAUUUAGUUUUACUAGAUUGUCUACUAGUCCCAUGCUUUAAAACCAUUUUGCUUUUUGGUUGAGAGUGUCAGAGUAGCCCUUAGCUAUUCAGUAGAAAUAAAUUUUGGUACAUGUAUUUCUAUGUGUUCAGUUUCUUAUUUUUAUCUUCCAAACCAGCCAACCAAAUCCCUUGUUUAUUCAAUGCAAUUGUUGAUUUUUUUUAAGUCACCAAUGGUUGUAUAUUUAUUUUAACAUGUUUUGUAAAUUUUUUAUAAACCUUUUUUUUUUUUUUUUUUUACACAUAAACAAUUCAGUCAGUUAUAUUGUAUGGCAUUAAUAUUUCUGCAUUUUUUUGUUUUUGUUUUUUUUUUUUACUUAUCUGUGUAUCAGCAUGAUUAUACAAGACAAACUACAAAGGGGUAUAGCGAUAAAUCACCUGGACUUUUAAUGUAUAAUAUAUUUUUUUGGUUGUUGCUGUUUUUAUCUUUUCACUAAUGAUUUAAUCUGUACAUUAUAUGGCAUUAAUAGGUGCCCUUAUCUAAGCAUAAUUGUCAUUUUUCAUUGGAGCAUAAAUAAUUUUGCCAUAAAGAAAUAUCUCAAAAACUUGAGGAUAAAUCUGUGUUCAGAUUUUAAACUAUGUUAUUGUCCAUUUUUAGUCGAUGAAUCUCAUUAACAUAGUUAUUGUAAUAUUUGCUUAGUUUGUAAUAUAUAUGCUUUUACUGUAGUCCCUAGAUCAAAUAAAAUAAAAUUUGAUUGUAAAAAUUUC